UGGGAUGGACUCGUGUGCAGUUUUGCGCCUUCUGGGCUUGCCUGGGGGCUCUCUUACCCAUUUAGACCAAGCCAGAGGGGGGUGUUGUGCAACAUGAAAGUAGUGGCUUUGAUCAGUGGUGGAAAAGACAGCUGUUACAAUAUGAUGCACUGUGUUGCUGCUGGGCAUCAGAUUGUUGCCUUAGCCAAUUUAAGACCUGCUGAAAACAAAGAGGGGAUUGAUGAGCUGGACAGUUACAUGUAUCAAACGGUGGGGCAUCAUGCUAUAGAGCUAUACGCUGAAGCAAUGGGUUUGCCCCUUUAUCGUCACACUAUCACGGGUACUGGUGUGGCGACUGGGAAAACAUACACCAGGUGCAAAGAUGAUGAAGUUGAAGACCUUUAUCAGCUUCUGAAACUUAUUAAGGAUAAAGAAAACGUGGAAGCUGUUUCAGUAGGAGCUAUCCUUUCUGACUAUCAGCGAGUUCGCGUGGAAGAUGUGUGCAAGAGGCUUGCUCUGCAGCCCUUAGCUUACCUUUGGCGCCAGAACCAAGAAACUUUGUUCAGAGAAAUGAUAUCCUCAGACAUUCAAGCCAUAAUCAUAAAAGUAGCAGCUCUUGGUUUAGAUCCAGUCAAACAUCUAGGAAAAACAUUGUGUGAAAUGGAACCUUAUCUUUUGGAACUUUCUAAGAAGUAUGGAGUCCAUAUCUGUGGAGAAGGUGGAGAAUAUGAAACGUUCACAUUGGAUUGCCCUCUAUUUAAGAAGAAAAUAGUUGUGGAUUCAUCAGAAGUAGUGGUACAUUCAGCAGAUGCAUUUGCGCCUGUGGCUUAUCUUCGUCUUUUAAAAUUGCACCUAGAAGAUAAGGUGCAGUAUUGUGGUGAAAUCCUGCCUGGGAGCUGUUCUUGUGGGCGAACAUCAUUUGAAGAUAACACCUGGCCUCCAUCAAAUGAGGAAAAGGAAACCCCUUGCAUCACCUGGUACACUGCUAGGCCUGCCUUUGUGACAUCUAAUAAGACAUUUGAACACUCAGGGAAGUCUCUAAAAGGUUACCAGUGGAUUGCAGACAUCAGUGCUCAUUUUCAUCCAUCAGAAAACAGAAGUGUGCAAGAAUCUGCUAAAGAUGUCUUUUUGUCACUUCAAUCUUAUCUGAAUUCAGAAGGAUUGGAAUUGACAGAUAUAAUUUUGGUCCAUCUGUAUGUGAAGAGCAUGAAGGAUUUUGCUGUGAUAAAUUCAGUCUAUAUGACAGUAUUUGAUUUGUGUCCCCCAGCAAGAGUAUGUGUAGAAGUCCCCUUGCCUGAAGGACUCUGGUUUCAGAUGGACUGUCUUGUGCAUAAUCAUGAUAGAACGAUCAGUGAUCAGCCUUGUAAUCAGAAGCAAGUUAUGCAUGUACAGAGCAUUUCUCACUGGGCCCCUGCCAACAUAGGACCUUACAGUCAGUGCAUCCAGGUUGGAGAUAUUCUCUACUGUGCUGGACAGAUUGCAUUAGUGCCCUGCACUAUGCAGCUUAUAAGCGGUGGCGUGGAAACCGAAGCUUUGAUUUCUUUAAGACAUGUUGAAAAAGUCCUAAAAGCCAUGCACGCUGAACUCCAACAUGUACUUAUGGCAAACUGUUAUGUAACUGACAGCAAGUACAUCUCUGUCGCUCAAGCUGUAUGGAAGACGAAAUUAAGAGAACUUAAAAGGGCAGAAGAUGAAGACAUGAGUAAUGCUGUACCUGCGGCAUGUGGAGAGCUAGCUGUGAUUGUGGUACCUUUUCUUCCCAGAGCUGCCUCCAUCGAAUGGCAUGUCAUUGCAGUACUAGAUGAGCAACAGCAAAAGCAAAAGUUUGUCCUCAUGAGGUCUCUGGAGAACUGCCAAAUUAAGUGUGAAGCUGUACAGUCCCAUCCCACCCGUACUACAGCUGUUAACAUAUCCGUAACCAUAACUUCACCAUCAACAUCUGCAAUCAGUUUAGACACAGUCCUGUGCAACAUGGUGGAAAUGUUUAAGCAAACUGUAGAGAAAAUGUCAGGAGAUGGUGACAUAACUCCUUUGGCUUUUAGAACUUUCUACCAGAAAAAUUCUUUUGAAAUCGAGGCACUGAAAACAGGACUCCAAAGACAUCUUGAAGAGCAAAUGGGCAAGAAAGCACCAGCUUUAGUUAUGGUGCCUGCGGUUGAUUUACCUGGCAAAGAAGUUAUUCAUAUAGCAUGCUGGCUCAGUCAGUAGCUAAGCAUCUAUCAUGCAUGUGUGCAUUCCACUAAAAGCAAGAAACCAACAAAUGGAUGUACUGAAGGUAAUUAAAUAAAUGGCUGUGCAUUGUCCAGUAUUAACAAACUGAUUUGUAUCUUGAACUUCUGACAAACAUUUCCCCAUUUUUCCUCAUGGGAUUUUUGGAGUAUCAUCUGGAAACUAACAGGGAAUUUAGAAAUGAUGCACAUAACUGCAGAAUCUCUUCAGCCUUGUAUUUCCUUAUACUGAAGUCAGAUCAUGCAUAAUUGCUUAAUGUUGCUUUCCAUUAACUGUUAGGUUAACUUGGAAAAUUCUUUGUUUAGUUUUAUUAUCAUUUAUACUUCCUUGUUAUUAUUAUAUUACUUAUUAUUAUAUUUUAUACUCCAUUUAAUAACUUCAGAAUGUUACCCUUAAUUGUAACUUCCAGACAGUGGUGUAUUGGACCAAAGGGAUGAGUCAGGAUUUAUUUGUACUGGUAUAGUUCCAUUAAUUUGAAUAUCUUGUACUACCAUAACUAUAAUAAAUGGCCCCAUAUUGCCCAGGAUCCAGAGCCUGCCUGGACCCCAUCAUGAGUUGCAAGAGGAAAAAAGUUGCAGAAGCUUGAGGAGCUUGUUUUUGCCCCACAGCUGACAGUAGAAAAGCCUGUGUCUCACAGUGGCCCAUCCCUACUCUAGAGAAUGCCUUUUGGCAUAUCCAUUUUUCCAAGCCAAGAUUGGACUUACCUUGAUUGAACUCAGUGUGUGUCAUUGUCCACAAACUACUUCCCUUCCUAGGUAUAUAGAAUGUGGGGCUUUGGGGAAGUGGGAGGGAGGCUUCCACACAGAGGCUUUUCUCCAAUAGGACAAGCAGGAUGAGGGAGCUUCAUGAGCUUUCAAAUGAUAGCCGUCCCAGCUUCAAGCCUACUUGACAUGCUGGCAGUUCUCUGGAUUGGAAUUUCAAAUAUUUCUAUUCUACGUCUAUUCAGUCUUCCUUUUGCCCAGUGCAGCUUUCCAAGGCAUUCUAGCCCCAGGAACAUCUUGGAAUCAUCUCAGGGCCACGGUAAUUUACUUGCUGGGCACUUCCAGGGGAGUGGGGGCCUCUUGCAUCUGCAAGGAUUUGUACUCCAAAGUUAAGCAGUUGAAUCUGUCGAGUUAUCCAGAGCUCAGCCUGAGCUGGGCUUGUUUUAUUGGAUGAGUUUCAUUUAGUACAGCUCAAGGAUGUUGAUAAGGUGUUUAGCCAGGGUCUGUAGUGGAUCCUUGCCCUCCUGACUUAUAAACACCAGCAAGGAAGCAAAAACCAACAGAGCCAGGGAGGUGUUCAAUGCCUUUUUGUGAGAGGGAGUAGUCCCAUGCUGCUUAAAGAGGUGGUGGUGAAACCACUUCUGGUGAAGCCCACCCCCGCUUGACCCAGAAGGUCUGAAUAAAUUUACACCGGAAGCAAAUAGUCCCUUCCUGAUCAAGGUUCUCCAGAAGGUGGUUGCCAAUCAACCCCAGGCACUCUUGGAUGAUACCGCUUAUCUAGAUCCAUUUCAUUUGGAGUGCAAGUCUAGAUUUGGCAUGGAAACAGCCUUGGUCGCUCUCUCUGUAUGAUGACCUAUGCUGGGAGAAGCAAGAGAAGUGUGUCCCUGUUGAUACUCCUGGGCCUCUUAGCAACUUUUGACACAACCAGCCAUGGUAUUCUUCUGGGGCUACUGUCUGAGUAGGGAGCACUGCAUUGCCUUGGUUGUGCUCCUACUUGAAGAGUCAUCUCCAGAAAGUUGUGCCGGGGGAAUAUUGUUCAGCCCCAUGGAUUCUCCAGCUUGGAGUUCCUCUGGGGUCUUUUCUGUCCCCAACUA